GGGGAGAGGGGGAAUCCGAUAAGCUUAUCGCAUACAAUAUUUCAAAAUUAGGUGUCAUCUUUAUUUUCUAUCAUAGCGGGCAAGUUGGACUUCCAUUGUAGGUAGCAAAGCAUACAUUUCCUAAAGUUGGUCCAAGCUUUCCUAACAUGACUGUUUUUAAUAAGAUGAAUUUUUAUUCUUUAUUUUAACUUGUGUCCCUAAUUAAUUAUGGAAAGGCUGUAGUAGAUAAACACAGAUUGUGUAAGUAACUUCUGGUGUCAAAAAGUGUUUGCUGGAGAGGAGGUGAUUGUUCUAUUCUUCUUAUUUAGCUUCUAAGUUUUUUCUUUUUUUAAUUUAGUAAUGUGCUUGUACAGUAACACAUUCAUGAGAUCUAUAAAAAAAUCUAUAUGAUGAAUGAUUAUGGACAAGUGAAAUGGUUAUUGGAUGAAAAUUUAUCUGCAGGUGGUAAUGAUGAGAAAGCAACUGCUCCAAAGUAUUCUGCAUUUGGGGAACGUAUUCGACAUGUUGCACCCAGUAGUCUUACUUGUUCCAUGUUUUGUGGAGGGAGACAAUGUAAAUAUUGCUACCCAUUAAAGUUCAAGGAGGAGGAAUCUGCUAUUGCAGGACUCUAUUCGUCAUGGAUUACUUCUGAAAUAUUAGCCACUUCUAGACCAUCUACAAAUGCCAUUAAAGAGUUUAAUAUCAUCAAACAAUUUCAAAGUGCUGGUAUUUCUUCUAUCAUCAAUCUACAACUCCCUGGAGAACAUUCAGCUUGUGGCUAUGGUUUGGAAUCAAGUGGAUUUUCUUAUAAUCCUCAAGACUUUAUGGACAAUAAUGUAUUCUUCUACAACUUUGUGUGGAAUGACUAUGGUGUCCGUUCACUGCAAUCUAUUCUAGACAUGGUGAAAGUGAUGGAUUUUGCUAUCAGCAAUGGCAAGGUAGCUGUACAUUGUCAUGCAGGUUUAGGCCGUACAGGUGUUUUGAUAGCUUGCUACCUAAUAUACUCGCAUCGCAGCACAGCCCAAGAGGCCAUUUUGAAAGUAAGAAGGACCAGACCGAAGGCAAUUCAAACCAGAGGUCAAAUCAAUUGUGUGAAGGAUUUUGAAUUGUAUGUGAAGCCAAUGUGGGUCGUCUUCUCACUGAGUGGAAAAACGUUUUCCUAUAAGCAUUUCAUGAAUCGCCAAAGACAUUUAUUGCAUGGAGAAGAAGCUCGAACUUUAAAAUAUAUACCUAAGAUUGUGUUUAAGAUAUGUGAAAGCUUUCUUCGAUACAUUGGUUGCGACUAUGAUCUAAGUUCAUGUGCAAGGAUAACUCAUUAUAGUUUCAUGAGAAAUAGCUACCUUAAUACAAACAAGCAGGAGGAGAACAUUAACGUUGAGAAUUUCUUGGAGGUAGAAAAGUCAAAUUUGUACAAGGUUCGUAGUACUGGUCAGCUGAAUAACUCGCAUUUAUAUCAGCCAGAAAAUAUCAAUAAACAAAUAAAAGCUGAGUCGUCGCCUAAUGUUGCGUUUGUGUCUGCAGCACAAGAAGAGAAUAACAAAUCAAUAUUCACGAAAAAAACGUUGGAACCAAUAAACUUGAGAAAAAAGAAAAGCAAAGGACUGAAGGAAAGGUUAAUCAGCUCGAAGCUAUAUGAAAACGCAGAAGACGAAAGCUCUAAUCUUGGUAAAUCGUUUGAUUCUGCUGUAAACAGAAAAUUAAGCCAUAGCAUUUCACUCAAUGCUUCGAUCGAUUCAAGUUUGAGUUUCCAGCUGAGAAGAAAUUCCGAUGCAGUCUCUGUUUCAAGCUUCAAUAAUACUUCAGAUUUGACGCCUUCCGAGUUGGUUUUGAAACAUUUAGCAUUUCGUUGUAGCGAUGUCAAUGUCUCGAAUAAAAUCGAAAGAUUCAAGCAUAAACUUAACAAGAGUGAUGACGAGUGGGAAAAUUUAUCUAAGGAAAGAAAUUUAGCUGUUCUGUCUGGACUGUUUUGGGCGUGGUUAUCACAGUUGGAGGGACAAAUUGUGAAUAUGGAUACCAUUGCAAUAAUGAGUGAAAACAUGGACACGCCUAAAGAAGCUUUUCAAAAUUUAGACAGAGAUAUUUGGAAGUUAAUGGAAUGCUUUCUCACCACUAUUUCCAAAUUCAACGAAAACAACAGAAAUGUUUCUCGGAUUCUUCGUCGCUUUGCCAUCGUUUUAACCGGGGAAGAUUCAAUACCAAGAGAUAUUUCAGAAAACACUGUGAUGGAGAACACAGAGUGCAAUCCUGGUGUGACAGUUUUUCGUUUCUCUGCGAACUGGUUAAAUUUAUUGAAGUCGAAUUGAUUUUCUUGAAGAGUGGUUUCCAAACACUUAUUUAAAAUUGCUUUAAAUUGAGAAAAUGCAUGAACGCACAUUAAAUGACGGUGGAACAGUCAUGAUUGGGUGACUUCCCACAAAGACGUAUAAUAAUUGAUCGUGAUGUUGUUAAGUGCAAAAUUUAGACGAUUAUUUAAUUCCUCACUUCAAUGACUUUCAACGCUGUUGUUUUUUAUAUUGUUUAUAUUUAUUUAUUUACAUUUUAUUAAGUUAUUUAUAUAAACAACUAAAAAUUGUUGUAAAUUAUUUAAAAGUGUAGCAAAAUUGUUUUUGUUUUUUUUGUGAAAAAAAGAAAGAUUAAAUAAAGACUAAUAAAUUA